AUGUCCCUUCAGAGGCCUCGUCUGUUGGACGUCGUCCCAACUAUUCAGCAUGCGGCUGCUCUGGCUCUUGGAAGGCCUGCCAACUACAACGAUGACCUGUCUGAGGCACCAGGAAAGGGAGACGUUCUCCCUCAGCCUUUGUGCUGGAUGGAGGUGAACGUUGCAAGUGUGGAAGCUCUGAUCGAGUACCUUGUGACGCCUCCGAAUGCAAUGCUGCACACUCUCAAAGACACUUCAUCUUGUUAUUCUGUUUGGAUCUAUACUGAAAAACAAGCUUAUGCCACGAGAGAAGAUAUUAAAUUCCUGGCUAUGACUGAAGAUCCUCACCCACUCGAGUUUGACUGGCAUUUUGGGGACCAAAGAGCAGUUAGAACUCCAUCCAGGACAUUCAUUACAAAAUACCUCCAUCCAGACAGGUACAACGUUACGGUCAGCAUGUCCAGCAGCCUGGGCUGUGCUAUCUCUGACGUUUAUACUGUAGUGAUUCAAAGAGCUGUGCAUCUCAACAGACUGCUGUACACUCGCUCGGUGUUGAUGAACACAACAGUACCUUUUAGCUGCAGGACCAAUGCUGGAACAGACAUCACUUAUCUCUGGGAUUUUGGAGAUGGAACACGAAGAGUUGGACAGGACACUGAGCAUCAUGUGUUUAACAGUACAGGGGAGUUCGUAGUAGAAGUGACUGUCUCCAACCUAGUGAGCUCGGCCUCUUUAAAAGGACACGUGUUUGUUGUUCUUGAGCCAUGCCAACCUCCACCUGUAAAGAACAUGGGACCCAGCAAGAUCCAGGUGUGGCGUUACCAACCUGUGUGUAUUGGUGUGACGUAUGAAGGGCAGAUCCAGUGCAACAUCUCCAAAGGUGUCCGCUACAGCUGGACUCUCUAUGGACCGACUGGACUGCAACUCACAACCACAGGCAUCAAAACAAACCAACAACAUCUGGAGCUUCCAGAGUACCUCCUUCAAUAUGGAACAUAUAGAGCUGUAGCUAAGGUUCAGGUUGUAGGCAGCAUAGUUUACAGCACCUACUCUGUUCUGCUCGAGGUGAUGCCUAGCGCACCUGUGAGCAUCAUCAGCGGAGGCACAAAUGUGUUUAUCAACCGCCACAACAGCAACUCAAACAUCACUCUGGAUGGACGUAGGUCAUAUGACCCAGAUUUUCCCGAUAACAUUAUGAGUUACAGUUGGAAAUGCAGGCCGGUAAACACGGCCAAGACCUCCUGUUUCUCCAAGCAUGUUCCUGCUUCCUCUGCAUUGCUGAUAUUUCCUGCAAGCGCACUGAAUUCUAACUGUGAUCUGUUCAAGUUGACGCUUACUGUACAGAGUGGAAAUCGGUCCUCUUCUUCCGAGAUGUUCAUCACCGUGAGAUCCAAACCGACCAGCAACAUCAUUCAUGUAUCAUGCAAAGAGUGCAGAGGAAAUUCGGUCAACUGGAACGAGAAGUUGUCUGUCACAGCUGCAUGUGAAAACUGUUCUGUUAAUGUUACCUACUCCUGGAAGCUGUAUUUAGUAAAUGCAUCUAGCAAACGUAUACCAGAGGUACGUUUCUGUGGCAGUCUGGACAUAAGCUUACCUUCCAAACUGGAGGAGGACACACGUUUCUUUCAACAGCCUGCCACUUCUGCGUCUCCAUCCAUCCUAAAUCAAAUAGAAACAUCCAGAGGCAAUGAAAUUAAGAUCACACAUGACAGUGUUGUCAGCUGGCCCAGACAGGGGCAUUCAGUGGAGAACCAGAAUCCAUCAUUUUUAGACCUGCUGUCUGAGAUAGACAGUGCAUCAGACUAUGAGGACUUUUAUUCUGGAAUAGAGGAAGCAGACUCAGGAGUUUCACUAGGCCGUCCAACUGGUAGACAUGCACUCUCCUUUUGACAUUCACACGCGUUAAUAAUAGCAAUAGAAAUAGAGUAUGAGGGUGACAACCUGGUAGGACCUGUCAACCUUGGCCAUGUGGUGUCUGAGAAAACCCUGCUGGAUCUUCACAGAGAGCUCAUCCAGCCUGCACUCUUUGAGUCUCUCACCUCAACUGGAAUAACCUCAUCUGUUAUCACGUUUAAACCCGUGAUGCUAAAGCCGAAAAAUCUUUACAUGCUGGAGGUCUCUGCAAGUUCUGAGGAGGUUCUGCAGGGAAAGACCCAGCUGUUCUUCUCCACACACCCUGUUCCUGAGGGAAUGGUGUGCCAUGUGCAGCCUAGCUCAGGUUUUGAGGUCCAUACACACUUCAGCAUCUUCUGCACUUCAGGAAAAGAGGAUCUCGUGUAUGAAUAUAGCUUUAGUGUGGGAAACUCGACAAAAAAACUCCUCUAUAGGGGCAGGGAUUACCAGCACUAUUUUUAUCUUCCAUCUGGAGAUCCAUAUGAUGAUCACAAAGUCACCAUCUACAUUACAAUUGGGAACAGAUUCGGAGCAUCUACCAAGCCAUGUCCUGUGAAUGUCAAAGUCUGGCCGAGCUUUAAGAGAAAUUCAGUGUCUGUCUCCAAUCCAGAUCAGGAACUGUUUGUGUAUGGGCUGAGUAAUCUAACCACCCUGAUACAGUUGAAGAACCCCCAAGAUAUUAUUAAUUACAUAUUUCUCAUGACUGCCACAUUGAACCGCUUGAGUUUGGAUCCAGAAUCUUGUGUGAAACUACAGACACAAACACGAGCCACUCUCAUUUCAGCAAUUUGUCAGCUGGAUGCCACAAACCAGGUGACAUUUGACAGUGCAGUACUGGUGACAAAAUAUAUUCAAAAUCUAUCCCCCCUUCGCGAGUCCAACAUAUUGGAUGUGUUGGUAUUGAAAGCUCUCAUACGCAUCCUUUCUUAUAUUCUGGAAGCUCAGAUUCCUUCUCCCAGGUUAACACUUGAUGUUCUUCACAUCACUACAGACUCAGUGUUGACAUAUCUGCUGUCCAGCAGAGAACCUCAGUUCACCGUGAAUGUCACAUUCACAAAACUGGUGAAUGCACAUGUUGCUGACAUGAAACUCUUCAACUGCAGCACCAGAAGAGAAAUCAAAAUGAGGCACUUGUCCACUCCACUUAUAAUUGAGUUCCAGAAGCGAGAAGAGAGAAAUAAGAGCACCGGUAUAGAGUUCACACUCUCACACUCUGAAGUGAAUACACAUCAGUUCAACAUCACAGCUGAGCUCCUGAAGAAGGCUGUGCAGAUUAGAGUGGAGUUCAGAAGGCCAUCAAGAUGUGCUUUCCCCAUCCUGCUGCUCUUCAGAAUGCACCAAAGACCAACACCUUCUUUGUACAAUGUACGCAAGGUCUAUAAUUGGAAAGGACAGGUGGCUCAGAUCUUUCUGCCACCUUCAUCUCAGAAAGAUGCUGGGAUUGCAUAUCUGAUGCUCCUCAAUGCUGACUAUGAUAAAAGUGCUAGAAAUAAAUGCAUUGCAGAUGAAGUGGACUACACACUGAGUGUUGAUUCCACUGAAUGUUUAGUUUGGGAUGGUGUGAAAGACUGGAGAUCUGAUGGAUGUUCCGUGCUCGAGAGUUUCACCGCAACCAAAGUCAACUGCAGUUACACCCAGCUGUCAUCAUUCACUGUUGCACAUCAGACAAUCCAAAGCAUUCACAGUGUUUCAGACAUCACUGAGUACAUAAGUGUCCGUGCCAACCCGAUGGUGUGUAUUGUAAUAGUGGUAUUAGUGGCUCUCUACGCUGUGCUGUUGGUGUUUUGUAAUCGUGCUGAUGUUCAGGUGGAAAAGAAUUUGGGGAUAUUCCUCCUGCCAGACAACAAUCCUUCAGACCAGUUCCUCUAUGCUGUUACUAUCAACACAGGCUUGAGAUCAAGGGCCAGAAUGACAGCAAAGGUCCAUUUAGUUCUGUAUGGUGAGAAACGAGUAUCUCAGACAAGAGAGCUGAGCAGUCCUGACCACACACUCUUCACCCGCAAUUCCAGGACAACGUUUAUUUUGAGCUCAGCUCAGAGUCUGGGCCAAAUAUGGCAGGUGCAUGUGUGGCAUGAUGGAGGAGGUGUUUCUCCCAGUUGGUUCCUGAAUCAUGUGACGGUGAAGGAUAUAGUAGAUGGAUCAAGUUGGACCUUUCUGGCGCAGUGCUGGUUGGCAGUAGAUGAAGGAGAUGGACGAGUGGAGCGAAAGCUGCUUGCUUUAGACCGACAGCUCACAUUCAGAGAGGUGCCUUACAUAUGCCUUCUGCUGCAUCUGAAUCUCACUGAUUGCUUAGAGGACUUCCACCCAUGGCUGUCUGUGUACAGUCGGCCAUCUUACAGCACGCAUUCACACACUCAGCGCCUGAGUGUAUGUCUCCUGCUGCUGCAGGCUUACAUGUGUGCUAACUCCAUACUCAUAUACAUUCAAGAAGACCAGUGCUGGUUGGAAUCGGGCCUGAUCGGUGUUUCACUACGUUCAGUGUGGACAGGACUGUGUGGACUUACUCUGCUGCCUUUAGGCUCUCUUGUGUCCUUCCUCUUCCGUAUCAGCAAGGUUUUGAAGGCAUGUGAUUUGGAGUCUAUGACCUGCAGCAGACUGACAGAAAGCUCAGCACCGCAGAAGCCCACGGACUCCAUCUCUUGCAUUGAAAUUACCCAAGAAAAUAUUCCCGAUGGCAAUGACAAAUUACAGCGUGACCGUUUCAAAAACACCCAAUUCAACCUCCAAACUAGCUCUUUUCCAGCACACCCAGCGAUGGUGCUGGCAGCCCGUCAGAGAGCCAGAUACCUGCGGCUCGCACGUCCACCUACUUCCACUGAGCUUCAAAGUGUGAGGAGCCAAAUUAAAAAGAGGACACAUCUUCAGAAAACAAUCAGAGAGCUGGUGUUAUACGUGUUUGCCUCAUUUAUAGUCGGCUUUGUGGCUUACGGAAAGUCCUCUAAUGAUAAGUAUCUUCUGAAUCAGGCAAUCAGAUCUCGCUUUACUGGGAGUCCUUCAAUCCAGAAGCUUGAUGACUGGUGGAACUGGACAGCAAACACACUUCCACAUGAGCUGUACCUUUAUUCCCAUGAUCAUAGUGGGUUGGAAGACAAUUCCUCUCACAGGUCUGAAGCAUCCAGCAGGCUUAAGAAACUGUGGACUUCGGGCUGGACUGGCAGCUCCACCCGUGCCGUAAUGCUGCAAUUCACUUUAUACAGCCCUGUUUACAACCUCUUUACCACGGUCACCAUGCUUGGAGAAAUGACGUGCAUGGGAGCUGUUCUACCGUCAGUCUACAUUUACUCUACCAGACUUCAUCACUCUGCCUCUGCCCUUGAUUACUGCACUACAGCUGGAGAGCUUCUCCUGCUCCUCCUCACUCUGCUCCAACUCUACUUUCAAACAUACGUCGUAUCUCAGAGAGGACGGGGGUACUGGACCGACUUGUGGAACUGGACAGAAGUGAUUGUAGUCCUACUCAGUCUUCUGUGCUUCAUCUGUUCGGUGCAUCACUUCACACUGAUCACGGAUACAACUGAAAAACUGCAAAGAGAAAAUUUCAAGACGUUUGUUGACUUAACUCCUGCUGCCUCUCGGGAACAGCGCACUCAUUCACUUUAUGGGCUCCUUAUGUUCAUUCUUCUGAUUAAAUGUUGCUCCUUGCUACGCCUAAAUGAAGCUAUGACCACGGCUGUAUCUACGGUGAUAGACGUCUUCUCCGGUCUGCUUUGGCCUCUGAUAACUGGUGUGAUCGUUGUUUUUGCUUACUCCUCCCUGGGGAACCUGAUCACCUUACCAAAAUCAGUAUCUUCUGUUAUCGCACAUGGGUUCGGCAUUGGAAAGCUUGGUGAUUUGCACAAAAAUCACCCUUCUUGGGUGCUUUGCAUCUACGGAGGCUUAAUCUGCAUAGUGUUUUUUGCGGUGAAAGCAAUGAUAAUUGGCGUACUCGGUUCAGUUGUGAAAAGGGCAAAAUAUAAAAGGAGAAAACAUCCUCUGUCUGCAUCCGAGCUCUGCACUUAUAUCCGGGAUGUGACUCUGGCGCUUGUUGGCAAAGGCAAGCAGAAAUGGACUGUUCAUACCACCAGUAAUAAUUUUGUCCUGGAAGAGUUUGAGGAUCUCGUUGAUGAGCUCCUGGUCAAGCUCAACGUCAUUUCCAGUAGCGAUGAAGACCAGGACAACUAUGAGGACCAGAAUACGCUUCAGUCAGCAUGUGACUACAGCUCAGAGGUUGGUGCUGAAAACAAAAUGGAGGAAAUGGAAAUAAUGCCAAGUACGUGUCGUGAAUUUUUACACCCUCAUGAGGAAAACAGUCUCAGGUCACUGCUUGAAUGGAACACCCUGCAGCGCUUUAGACGAAGUGGGGAAACAAUCCGUGACUGGGCUUUUUACGCUGAUCAAAAGGCCCAUACGAACAUCUCCACAUCCCCUGUAAAGAAGCUAAAGGACUCCCAAACUUCUCUCUGCAUAAAACAAAUGACCAGUGUUCAUAUUGAAGGCAGUGAGAUGCUAAGGGCAAAUAAAUCACAAACAUUUAAGAUGACCAGGGAGGACAAUGAAUGCAAUAAUACUAUCCCGAAUCAAGCUUUUAGCUCACAACUCCCUCUGGGUUUCAUCUCUCCGACUGACGCGCUCACAAAGCAUCCAUCUCGCAGAAAGUCAUGUGGACAGUUCGGUUUAAAUGAAUCAUAUGUAGAAAAACAUGAAAUACAGGCUGAAGAGGAAGCUGUACACAUUCCAGGUCAGUGCUGUUGAGGGUUUUUUACAAUGCUUCAUGUUACAGUGAUGCAAUACAAUGAAGAAUGUCAAUAGAGACUUGAAUUUAAGUGCAAAAAUCAGAAUUAGAACGUUAUUACUUUGAAAGUACAGUAUGAAACAUAUCUCCAGUCUUUUGAUAUGAUGGAUAACAAAUACACAGGAUCAAUUUAUUUAGGUUUGUUGCAUUAAAAAAAAAAAAAACGUAAAAACUUAAAGUUUGAUGAUACUUUUAUUUAUUGUCUAAAAAAAUCGAUAAAAGGAACAAAAACAAACGAAAGCAAUGUGAAUGUUCUAAUCUUUUAAAUAAGAUUAAUUUGGACAAGUUUGCUAGAGAUUAUAAUGUGGGAUUAUAAUGUGAGAUUAUAAUGUGGGUGCAGUAGUAUGAUCUUGGCUAACUAGUUUGGCAUAUUAAAAGAUUAAGCAGUUCGGUGUUUGACUGCUUUUGCCUGCAAGUUACUUUGAAAGCGAAUUAAAAAUGACAAAUUAAUAGAGAGACUGAAUGCUUUUCAGAAAAUGAUUACACAUGUACUUCAUUUUGAAUCUCAAACAUUCGGUAGUGUGCCCUUAAAUGUGAAAAUUGAAAAGGGUCUUUUGCAAUCCACUAAAUUCAGUGACAGUUCAAUUUUAAUGGUAUAAUGCAAAUGAAAAAUAAUACAAUUAUUGUGUACACCUGCACGUUCAUGCAGUUAUCUGAUCAGCCAAUCAUGUGGCAGCAGUGCAAUGCAAAAAAUAAAAAAAUAAAAAAAUAAUUCAUGCAGAUACAGGUCUAGAGUUCAGUUAAUGUUCACAUCCAACAUCAGAAUGAAUAAAAAACUGUGAUCUCUGUGACUUUGAUCAGUGCAUGGAUGUCGGCACCAGAAGGACUGGUUUGAGUGUUUCAUAAACUUCUGAUCUCCUGGGAAUUUCACACAGAAUGGUAUGAAAAACAAAAAGCAUUGAGUGGGUGACAGUUCUGUGGGUGGAAAA